UUGAGUAGAUCGUGAUUGAAUUUGUAACAGCAGACAACUUCAAGAGACUUUUUUACCAGUCUCAAUUUAACCAAGAAAAAAAUUAUACUAAAUUGUACUACAUGACUUUAUUCGUAAUUAAGUGCACAAAAAAUAACGAACAAAAUAAUCAACUGUAAAAAAACUUGAUAAUUUUUUAAGUGAAUAUUUCCAUUACUGUCGAAUGCUGACAGUCUCUUGUAAUGAAGGGUUCUUGUUCUUUGUUGGUAUUUGCUAUUAGGCGGUGAUUCGAGAACUUGAAUUGACUGACAAUGCCGGUAAAAGUGGACGUUGUGCCACCACCUCCUGCAAAUUCAAAGCAACCGGGUGUAACAAAAUCUCUUCUUUAUAAUGGAUCAAGAUUUCAAGGAUCCCAAAAGUCUAAGGGCAAUAGUUAUGAAGUUGAAGUUGUUUUGCAGCAUGUGGAUGAAGAAAACAGUUAUUUAUGUGGAUAUCUUAAGAUAAAAGGUUUAACUGAAGAAUUUCCAACACUUACAACUUUUUUUGAUGGAGAAAUUAUUUCAAAGAAAUAUCCAUUUCUAACACGUAAAUGGGACGCAGAUGAAGAUGUCGACAAAAAACAUUGGCUGAAAUUUGAAUCGUUUAGUCAGUAUGGCAAGUCUUUUAAUUCAGACACUUUUGACUAUGAAGCAUUGAAGGGAACGGACUUUGUAUUCAUGAGAUGGAAAGAACAUUUUCUUGUCCCAGAUCAUAAAAUCACUGAUAUAAAUGGAGCAUCUUUUGCUGGCUUUUAUUAUAUUUGUUUUCAAAAAUCUGCUGCUUCUAUUGAAGGCUAUUAUUAUCAUCGAAACUCAGAAUGGUAUCAGUCUCUAAAUUUAACUCAUGUACCAGAACACAGUAUACAAAUCUACGAAUUCAGGUGAAAUAAAAAUACACUGCUCAAUUUUUA